GUCACUUCCUGGUUACCUCAGCGGGCGUCAGAGUAACGGGGUGACUGGAGCUGCGUGGAGGAGCAGGAUGUUGGUGUUAGUAUUAGGGGACCUGCACAUCCCCCACCGGUGCAGUGGUCUGCCGGUGAAGUUCAAGAAGCUGCUGGUUCCAGGAAAGAUUCAGCACAUCUUGUGUACAGGAAACCUCUGCACCAAGGAGAGCUAUGACUACCUCAGGACUCUGGCUGGGGACAUCCAUGUUGUUAGGGGGGAUGCUGAGAGCCUGAAUUAUCCUGAAGAGAAGGUUGUAACUGUUGGGCAGUUCAGAAUCGGGCUAAUUCACGGCCAUCAAGUUAUUCCCUGGGGCGAUCUGGCCAGCCUGGCACUGCUGCAGAGGCAGCUGGAUGUGGACAUUCUCAUCUCGGGACACACGCACAGAUUUGAAGCAUUUGAACAUGAAAACAAGUUCUACAUCAACCCGGGAUCAGCUACAGGAGCCUACAGUGCUUUGGAAACGAACAUCAUCCCUUCAUUUGUACUGAUGGAUAUCCAGGCUUCCACAGUUGUGACUUAUGUAUAUCAACUAAUUGAGGAUGAUGUGAAAGUAGAAAGAAUUGAGUUCAAGAAGUACUGAAUCAUGUUCAAACCUGCUCGUUGAUUUCUCACUGCCUUUCAUUCCUUCUUUCCAGUUCAGUCAAAGGGGAGGCAGGCCACGGGGGGGUGCUGCUACUGUGGUGUGUUGGACUGUAAAGCAGCUAAAGGCUUUAUUGCUUGUGUGUGGUUAAAAAAAAAAAAAAGUCUUGGUUGCUAACCAGAACUUGAAGCAUAAGAAACUGCUGAUAAACAGAAAGAGGCCUGUGGAAAAUAUCCUGGGUCUAAGUAGGAGCUGCUGUGUUCUUGGCUUACGGGAGUCACAGAGGGUGGUGGUAGCUUGGCUUGAACCUCUUCUGUAAAAUGAACACAGAAAAAUAAAUCCCCAUCUUCAUGUG